GGUGCUACGGCUGGUUGGGGUAUCAGACCAUCUCUAUCAUUUCGUUCGGGUUCUGCACAACUGCCUGUCGUAGCUGCACUACAGGCACUUUGAUACAUUAUUCUCCGUUUGUCUAGAAACACUUCAUAUAAACGUUGUGUACGAUUUUCCACUCACUGCAAACCAUUUAAUUCAUUCAACCAACAAUCAAUGAUAUUUCGUUCUUUUUUAUCUUCUUUUUUAUGUUGAAAUGUCAAUUAUCGCGUUUUUUGACAUUCAGCGAAAAAAAGUGACAGUAUGGUCGAAUCCUGUCACUUUCAUUGUUGGGUAGAGUUACCAAGUGUAAUAGUACGGUACACAUACCGUUUUCAACUCAACUCCGUAUAGUAAUUUAAAAUGACUUUCUGCACAGAUUCGUCCUAUAUAGACAUGACAUUGACAAUAAUCGUAUCUGAUAAAUCGUCACACAAAAUUGGUUCCUUGUACCAUUUUAAAUUGCUCUAACGUAAAGCCAUCAAAAUUGGAUCUAUCACUUCUUGUUAUUUUGAAUCGAAACCGCGUCCAGUCAUUCAAGCUCUCAAUCGAUUACACGCCCUACACUGACACCUUGCCUUAUAAAAUCGGUUUCUGUCAAACGAAAAAAUCUCGAGAAAAAAACACAAACAAAUGUCAACGAGACUGGAAUCUACUCGCGGUUAAAAUUGAGCCUGAAAAAUCUCUUGAUAUAUUGGACCAAUUUGCGAAAGAAUGUUAAAGUACACUCAGAUAUUGAAGCCAUCACACCCAAUGGUCAUGUCCUGUCACGUAAUGUCCAACUACAUAAAAGGUGGCCGUCACGAAAUCGUAGAAAAAGGUCGAUAUGAUGACAAGGAAGAGCUGACCGACCUACAGAAGAAAAUCGAAUUGGCUAAAAAGAAGCUCCAGUGGCGUCAACCAUUUGCUGAACAAGACGAUUUCUGGAAAUCAAAGUUUUCGGUGUGGACGGACGAAAAAGGUGAUAAGAACGCGUUCGACACAAUUGACUUUCUGCAGACGACAUUCGAUUUUUCCUGGAAGGGUAUAAUGGAGCGACGAGAACGAAAACGAGUGAAAAUUGGUGCGUUGAUGCAACAAUUUAUUCCCGAGCGACACGAAAUUCUUGGGAAUGAUUUGGCUGCCGCUCAUUUCAUUUGCUUUCGAAGGGGAUCGGUCAAAUUCACUAACUCAGACAAGUGGUUUACUGGCCAUCCAAAAGAGUUGGAUUUCCAAUUUCCCAACGUUUUCGAUAAAGCCUAUCAAUUGGAAGAGAUUCGAUGCGACGACAUGGAACUGUACUACGAAGGUUUGGAAAAUAUUCGCCGGCUGAAAAGUUUGAAAAGACUUUCCUUUCGAAACGUCAAGACCUUUGAUGAUUGGUGCCUGGACCGAGUGUCUGGAUCUGACUUCCCUGUUCUGGAAGUAUUAGAUCUGAGUGGUACCGCCAUAACAGAGCGUGGACUAUCUGCACUCUACAGACUGUCAUCGCUGAAAAUGCUAAUCGUAGACGAUCCGAAAAAGACAACGUCAUAUGAACUUCACUGCCUGAUGCUGGAGGAAGCAAUUCCGAUGUUAAAAGUGGUUGCUUCAUCCGCGACAACAAUUGGCGCAGAUAGUUCUGCGACGCCGAACACAUGAAAUCGAAACGCUUAGGAUACGAAAUUAGGAUUUUAUUGAAAUGUGGAAUUUGAAUAAAUGUGUAACGUUAAACAGUCAA